AUGGUUUCCGCUGUUAUUAACACCCCCCCGGAGCUAUUACACAUGAUAUUCGCACCCCUAUCACCCAGUGAUCUCUACGCCGUAUGUCUUACGCGGAGGAGCUGGCGCUCUGUUGCCGAGCCAUUGCUCUACGCUCGUGUUGAGUGGACAUGGACAAAGUCUCGGAACCCUCCGAUCGCCCAGUUUUUGCGAAGCAUUGUGCACAGGCCCGAGCUCGCCAGUUUUGUGCAUGCUGUGAUCCUCAAUGGAGAUUGUUUUGAACGCUGGUCCCGUGACUAUAAACAGAAAAGUCCUAAACUCCCAGUCACCGAAGUUGUCUUGGACGAACUAGUGAAAAGCAUCGGAAGAAUUCAAGUUCCAUAUGCUGAGCAAUGGACCCGAGAGUUGCGCGCUGGAACGAUGGACGCGUUUGUUACACUUUUACUAUCACGGCUCCCUAAUCUGGGAGGUCUCUAUCUGGGCAAGAAUUUUGCCCGAGAGAGCCACUUCAUGGGCAUGAUGCUCCGUUCGGCCCUCUGCGAUGAGUCUCAAGAUGGCGAUCUCCCUCCAUUUACAGGUCUCCAAGAUGUGUCAGCCGUGUACCCUGGCCCAGGUAUCGAUAUUCGCAAAUACACGGGUGUCAGGAACACAGCAGACGCUCUCUCCCUUUUUUACCUGCCGUCGGUUGAACGGAUACGGGUCUUAGUGGAUAAUCCCGCUACUUUCAUGUGGCCUGGGAAAUAUUCACCGAAUCCAUCGAGACUCAUAUCGCUCGACUUGACGGGGUUGCGCGAAGGACACCUCGGAAAAGUGUUAUCAGUCACCCAAGGGCUUCGGGAGCUUCAAUGGGAUUGGUACUACCGCCCGGACCUUAAAGAUCAUUUUGUCACAGAUAUUAUCGAUUUGGAUCAAAUCGCCGCGGAUCUGUCUCAUGUUAAAGAGACGUUGACAGACUUGACUAUCACAGCAGGAUCACACGGCUUAGAAGGGGACCUUGAACGCCCGGAGCUCACCUUCAGCGGGUCUUUCAAAACUUUUAGCGAACUCCACAUGCUUGAGAAGUUGGAAGUUCCGAUUCCAUUUCUGCUUGGACUUUCUCCCUCGGCACCAAAUGUGGUUGGUCUAGAGGAAGCGCUUCCAAAAAGCAUCCAAUGGCUGACUGUUACUGACGAUCUAUGUAUGCAGUAUGAAUGGGGAUGGGAAUUCGAGACUGAAUAUCUAUUGGGGGCUUUCCGAUCAUGGCUGCAAGACUGGAAGACAUCCACACCUCGCCUCCAAGGACUUCGCCUGUUGUCAAGGGUGUGCCCAGUGCAGGACUGGCACCCUGAGAUGAUACAGGUGUUCAGAGACCUGGGUGCCCCGGCUGGAAUCCAGACUGAAGUAAUUGAGCGAGAAGGUUGGAGGCCAGGUGAAAUGGAAUUGUAG